AUGGCAUCAAACUCAGUGAACAAUGGCAACAUGGAGCAGAGUCACUGUGUUGGAAAUAUCGGCGGAGGGAUGAUGAUGCCAAUUGUGCUUCAAAAAGUGGAAGAGAUGACAACUCGAUUUCGUCAUAUGGAGGAUAUGUUAGAGGUCCUGAUGAGACAGGUGAAUGGGAGGGCAGACUGUCAAAGCAGUCCAAGACAGCCUGCACAAGUUGAGCAGAGUGGAGCAUUGCAGGUGAACGGAUACAACUGGGGUCGACGCAUUCGCCUUCUGCCAGAAGAUUUUUUAUGGCCAAAGAUGUUCGUUGAUGUGGCUUACGAGUGGUGGAUGCAAGGAAAUGCAGAAAAAGGGUAUCCACCAUUCAAAAACCUGGAACCGAGUGAUUUUGCCGACCAGAAUGCAAGGAAACGUUUGAGUGACUUCAGGUAUCUGAUGGGCAAAAUAGACCAAUGUGCACAGGAGAAAGGAGUGUAUAAGGAGAACGCAACCAUGGAGGAAACCAAGGAAAUCUUCAAGCAGUGCGUGGAAUGCUUGAAACUACCGAGGAAAGAAGGGAGGCAACGACGGACCUGGCAGUCUGUAGCGACCUGGUGCAGAGAACAAGACGGAUUGCAUCGUUGA